GCAUAAAAUCCACGUGGAGCUAGCUAGAGCUAUGGCCGAUGACGACUCCUCUGCCACUGAACUGAGCAGCGACGAAGAGCUUCAGGAGGGCCUUGCUCGCGGGACUCUCCAGCCAGGUCUCAUUGGGCGAGUUCCGCCACCCAAGACCUACACCAACAACGUGGCCGGUCUUCGUGAGUCGCUGGCGGUGCUCAAGAGGAAGGGGCAGAGUGAAUGGCUGGAGAGGAUGGAUGUCACGUGUCGUGCCAUCCCGCCUUCUGAGGUGGUGGCGGCCGAGAAAGAGGGGCAGGGGGAGGCAGAGGAGAAGGAACUGGACCCCAAUGAUGAUUUCAAGAGGGAGAUGUGGUUCUACCAGCAGGCACUGUCUGCGGUUGAGCUGGGCCAAAGAAAACUAGAAGAGCUGGAUAUACCCACUACUCGACCCGAUGACUACUUUGCAGAGAUGGUCAAGACAGACGACCACAUGAGAAAGGUGAGGGAGAGGUUGCUGAGUCGUCAGAAGGGUCUGGAGCAGAGGGAAAAGGCUCGGAAGCUCAGAGAUCUGAAAAAGUUUGGCAAGAAGGUGCAGCAGGACAUCCUACAGAAGAGACGCGAAGAGAAGAAAAACGCAAUCAGGAGCCUCAAGAAAGGGAAGGGAGAGAAGGUGGGAGCUGUCCUGGGAGACAGGAAGAAAGAGGCUGAGAGGGAAGAGGAGGAGUUUGCGGUGAGUGCAGCCAGAGACGAGGACGGAGGGAAAACCGCAGAGAAGAAGAGGAAGAAGGGCACUCAAGUUGGUAGAAAUUCAAAAAAGCGGCAAUUCAAAGACAAGAAGUUUGGGUUUGGUGGCAGGAAAAGCGGGCAGAAGAGGAAUUCUGCGGGAUCAAGUGCAGACAUGUCCGGAUUCAGCUCUGCUAGACACAGCAAGCCAGCGGCUAAAAAUCGCAAACAGCACAGAGGGAGAAAAUGAUAUCUUUACUCAAACAUUCUGUGCUAUUGUUGCAUGCUCUCCUGCUCUUUCUGUCUCCACGCUGCGUCCAUGUAUUUUGUAAUCUCCGACAUGACGUGAGGGUGGUGCAACCUUCGGUCGUUACGCGGCUGCUCAACCAGGGGUUUUGUGUCCCAGCCAAUCUCCUGUGCCUCUGUCUGUGGAUAGCUGUAUCUGCUCCGUGGGGCUCCCUGUGCCUCUCUGUAGGUCUGUAGAAACUCGGCUGCAGGCAGGGCCAAUUAUUGCAGGGGUAAACCUUGUAACUGGUGCAUGAUUUACAUAGCCUCACCGUCCUCUGCUGCGUCUGCU